AUGGAUCUUAAUAAAUCUCUGUUUUUAGUGUUCACGGCUUUUGUGUUGUGUGAAUCGGGAUUUGAUGAAUAUUAUGACAUAAACGGAUUACCUGAUGUGGAACAAUUGCCAAAAUGUAAACUAAAUGACGACAAUUGUAAAAAAGGCCUUAUUCAAACGGUAUUAAAGAUUCUUGCCAAAACUGGACUACCCGAAAAGGGAAUACCUAAACUCGACCCUCUGUCGGUUAGCAAUGAAUCUUUUAAGAUCGCCGAUGUCAUUGAUCUGACUUUAGUCGAUGGUGUAGUUAAAGGGAUUAAGGAUUGCACUGUUAACAGGUUUACUGCCAGCAUUGAAGAUGAGCGAGCUACCAUAGAGUUGACAUGUGACGUCACAAUCAAAGGACGUUACAAAGUAUUUUCAGACAGUCCUCUUGUUAAAACCUUCUCUGGCGGUGAUACUGUUAAAGGCGAAGGAAAUGGCAAAGUUAAAAUUGAAAAAAUGUUCCUAAGUUUUGACUUCGAUUACUUCUUCCAAGACCGAGACGGUGAGAUCUACGUCAAAUGCAAAAAUGAUAAAUUGAAGUACCAAUAUGACAUCAAAGGCAAAAUGUUAUUCUUUGCUGACAAUUUGUUCGUAGGAGGCAAAGAGUCCACUUCCUACAUAUCUUCAUGCUCAAGAAAUGACCCAAACCUGAACGAUUGUGCGUUGAAGUCGGCUCGAGAUUCUUUGCACCAGUUUUCCCAAGGAGACUCUGAGAGAGGACUCCGACCCUUAGACCCGUUGUACGUGGCGGAGAUGACGGUGUACAUACCAAAUAAACAAGGUUUUAAAGUCACCUUCAAGGACAAUUACUUCACAGGACUUUCGAAACUACAUUUGGAAAAUUUGAAAUUUGAUUUAGAAAAGAAAAUGAUAAUUGCGGACGCUCUGGUCACCUUGGAUGUGAAGAACACUUAUGAUUUAAGCGGGCGAGUACUUCUAAUACCUGUGAAAUCAAAUGGUGACUCCGCUAUACAUUUAAAAAACACUCUUCUACAUAUUCGUUUCUGGUACGAGCAUGUAGAAGGAGCUGAUGGUAAAAUUUACUGGAAAAUAUACAAACACGAUAUUAAAUAUGAAGUGGAAAGAGCUUCAUUUAGACUGGAAAAUCUCUUGAACGAUCCUACUUUAGGUGACCAAAUCAACAGGAUCCUGAAUGAAAUGUGGCGUGAAAUUGUCGCUGACGUAGGCCCAUCCAUCUGUCAAUCCCUUAGUACGGCGGUUGUGGAGAAUUUGUCAGUAUUGUUGGAACAAGUGCCGUAUGAUGAACUGUUGCCGGAGUAA